AGGUGGACCGGAACAGGCAGAGGCAGAGGAUGAUGGAAACUACAAAUACAACACUAGGGACAAUGACAUGCCCGGAGAGAAUUACGAUGAAAAGGCUUUGACAGCUAACAUGCAAAGAGCCGUCCAGAGAUGCAAGGAGACGGCUACACAGAUGGUAGGGAUGCACGGCAGGGCGGAUCCAGGCCUUCUGGACUCGGUGAAGGUGGCCUAUCCCUCUGAUCCAAAUGCCACAUAUCCCCUUCGAGAGUUCGCCAGUGUUGGAACUCGGGACGGUGCACUGCUGGUAACCUGCUACGACAAGGACAUGGUCAAGCACGUCGAACGGGCGAUUCAUCUCGCCAACCUCGGACUUACCCCACAGACCAUGGGAAGUGGAGAUGAGGGCAUCUUGAAGAUUCCAAUUCCCAGACCCACUGCCGAGACGCGUACUCAGUUGCUGAAGGACGUGAAUCGCAUCUGCGAGAAUGCACGAGUCUCCAUUCGCGCCGCCCGGCAUACUGCCCAGAAGCAGAUCAAGCGCGAUACUGACAGCAAGAUCGUUGGAACCUCGGAAGCGGCAAAGGAGCAAAAGAAGAUGGAUGAGGAGGCCAAGGCACGGCAGAAGGAGGUCGAAGACUUCUACAAUGGGCUCAAGAGGAAGAUUGAGAGUGAGAGGGACACAUGA